AUGGGCCAGACCUCGUCGACGGCAACACCAACAACGCUCCCCGAGUUUGCGCUGCACUGCCUGCGCGUGGCGGAUGCGUCGCCAGCCGAUGGCCUUAUCGAGCCCUUCUUCGACUACCUCAUCGGCGUGGAUGCUGCGAGCUCGGUGCCGACCAACGUGCAGGCCACGAUGGCCGUGCCCACGCCUGCGGAACUCGCGCGGGUGCUCGAGGAGAACGAGGGGAUACCGAUCCGACUGACGGUGUAUAAUGCCAAGACACAGCGGGUUAGAGACGUCACGCUUACCCCCUCGCGCGACUGGCAUGCAGGGAGCGGCAAGGCGCGCGCGUCGCUCCUCGGCCUGAGCGUGCGCCUGUGCAACCCCGCUGCGGCGCUCGAGAGCGUGUGGCACAUCCUCGAGGUGCUUGAGGGUUCUCCAGCUGAGAUGGCGGGCCUCGUGCCGUUCGGUGACUGGGUCUGCGGAUGGGCGGGCGGGCCACUGAACGGGGAGAGCGCGUUCCACGACCUCGUCGAGUCGCACGUCGACAAGCCGCUGCGGCUCUACGUAUACUCGGCCGACUUGGACAACCUCCGGGAAGUCGUGGUCAUUCCGAACGAGAAGUGGGGAGGGUCAGGCCUGCUCGGCUGUGGUGUUGGGUACGGUAUCUUGCACCGCAUACCUCGACCUGCGACACCACCAAGCGAGUACCUUGGGCAUACGCAGCCGCGCGCCGAUGUGGGCCGGGCUUGA